UUCGCUCUCUAAUUAUUAUUCACUCCGGUCAGAUAACAGAGGAAGCGAAGAAGGCUCCUGGCCGGCCGCAGGGGGGCGGCGGCGGGCAGCAACGGCCGGUGGCUGGAGUUGGUGGUAGGUGGUCGACAGCACAGGUGAUGAAAGGCGGCCACGAUAGACAGUUUGCCAAUAUAUUUUAUAGCGACUUGCGAAACAAUUUUUGGAACGUUCGCCAAACAAAAUUUUUUAUACACGUCGAAACGGAACUAAACUUCAGCCCCAUUCACAAGUAUAAGGAAGCAAAUCCGUUCAAUCAAGCUACAACACAAGCCACCCUUCCCUGUACGCCAUGUCUAAGAUAUCUGCAAGAUUUCUAUCUAAUAAAGACCAGAAGAGAAUUGUGUGUGCUGAAGCUCGAAGCGAUUUCAUUGACGUCCUCUUCAGCUUCCUCACUUUGCCGCUCGGAAGCAUUGUUCGACUUAUGGCCAAGCAGUCCGGACUUGGAUCUCUCGAUGUUCUCUACGAUGCUGUAGAGCAACUUGAUGUCAAAAUCCUGCAGACCGAGGCAUGCAAAGAAAUGCUUCUCAAUCCUCGAAGCCCGACAGCAAUAAUAUGCGAAGACUUGAAGAUUAAAAACAUUCAUAACGCGAAUCCAAGGAGUUUCUACAUUUGCAAUGAAAGUGAUUGCUUGGCUCAUCCAACAUGUUAUUAUACUUACGUGAAAAAUUGUCGAUGCAUCUAUUGUGGUAAACUGAUAACUAACAGUUGGGUAUGGUUAAAAGAAACUUUUGGCGAUGGGGGAAUCUUUGUUGAUGACAAAACAAGCUUCAUGAUAAGUGAUGAUUUGCGGGUGAUGCCGACUUCUUUGAUGAGGGGCUACUCUCUUCUUGAAGAAUGGCCAAUUAAUGAUGUGCGUAGCUUAGAGGAGAGGGUAAUUGAUUUCGGCACAGAUGAGAUGCUGAACUUGCUAAGGAGAUCAUUAGUGUCCAAAAAUCCAUUGACAGAGGUUUGUUUUGCUGAUGCUACUGUGGCAGCAGAUGUAGAUUGCUCUUUGAUGGUUAAAGAAGAGACGAGUGACGACAAAACAGUAGGUGCAAUUGCUUUAAAGCUCAUAAUAAACAAGAAAAACAACAGUGUUGUAUGCGCCGAAGUCGGGGAGGAUUUUGUCAAUCAGCUGCUCAGCUUUCUAACCUUUCCACUCGGCUCUGUGCUUAAACUUAUUUCUGAUAAUAUAUCAAUAUUAGGCGGCUGCAUAAGCAAUCUGUAUUCAUCGGCAGAGAUUAUGGACUUAGAGUGCUUCAAAUCAAAAACACACAAAAACAUGUUGCUGAAUCCAAAACUCGCCACCUUUCAUAGUUUUGACAGACAAAUAUUGAAGUUGGAGGAAACUACAUCGAAAAAGUUACUCGUGUCGGGGGGUUGUCCAAAGUGUUACUCUGAUAAUAAGCACAAACCUUGUGUACCUGCUCCAUGCAAGCAUGGUGUAAGACAAUCACAAAUCUUAGAGCAGAAUCCCAAGUCAGGGAAGCUAAGUGCGCAUAGUGGGGGAGCUUUUGUGGCCGACUCUAGAAGGUUUAUGGUUUCAGAUAACCUUCACAUUUCUCCUCUAUCCUUCAUCUCAGCAAUUAAAAAUUAUACAAAGGAUUUACCCAUUUCUGAUCUUGUUGAGAAAGAUGUCUACAUUGGUAAAGCCAAGGUUCUGUCGCUGCUGAGUACUAUGCUAAUUUCCAAAACUGUAUUAAGUGAUGUUUUCCGUUCUAAGCUAGUGCAGAGCUGAAAAAGACAAUUCCUGUGAAGUUUGCAGCAUAAAUGUUUCAUUAUUGGAUAUCAUAUGGCAAGUGAUUGUAUUUAUUGAUAUCUCAUGGCUUUACUGGAUCAGAGGCUUCCGCAAGUCCUUCACUCCUUGUUUCCUCCUUCUAAUGCCUUGGCUGCAAUACAAUUAAGUUAGGAUUAACAAUGAGUCAUAUAUGUGUAUUUAUAUCAAAUGUAUUGAUAUGUAAAAUAUUUAAGUUAACCUUAGAAUUAUUUACAAGUGUGCCACAAAUGUAUUCUAUAUAUUAUAAUGUAU